UCGUGUCUUAGCAACCAAACCAAACUAAAACAUGGCCGCUCGGCGCACUAAACGGGUCUUUAUCAACAACAUCGACUCGUACUCAUCCAAAUAUAUCGCUCAGUUCUUGUCCUCGUGUGUGGUCGGGGAGUCGCUGCAUGAGGGAGAUGAUGAGGAGAAACCCAAACAAAAGUCUUCAAAAGACGCAACUUUCAACGUUGUCGGAACUGUUGGUCAUGAAGAUGGAGAUGAACUUCGAUUUGCCUCUGAAAAAUAUUCGUUUCUGAGUCGAGAGGACCUCCUGCAGUGUCUAAUGCAGUGUGAUGUCAUUGUGUAUAAUAUCACUGAAAACCCUGAUCUGAUAGAUGAGGCAACAUGGGCCAUUUCAGCUCUGCACUCUGAAAUCGAACAUUUCAGCACCCGCAAAAUAUUCAUCCUAUUGUCAACAAUCAUGACGUGGGCAAUGACCAAACCAGCUGAUUCUGACGAUCCUGACUUGGCUUUGACAGAAGAUGACUACAGGAGAAGACGACCACAUCCAAACUUUAAAGAACACACAAGCAUAGAGAAACUUGUGUUGAAACUGGGAAAAACUAAAAAGUCAAAGCUGGCUACGUAUGUUGUAACAGCGGGGCUGCAGUAUGGCAUGGGCGAGAAUGUGUUUCACUUCUUCUUCAAAGAAGCUUGGCUCGGCAAUCGUAGCAGCAUUCCAGUUUUUGGGCCUGGCACAAAUUUUAUUCCUACAAUUCACAUCCAUGACCUUUCAAGGGUGGUACAAAAUAUCAUUGAUCACAGACCGAAAACAUACUACUUCAUUGCUGUGGAUGAGUCCAGGGACACUUUUGAAGACAUUGUGAAAGCCAUUGCAUCUGCUCUGGGUACUGGAAAAAUAGAAAAAGUCCCUAAAGAGGAUGCAUGUGCCACGAAAGAAAUCACGGAAAAUGACCUGCAUAACCUUAGCGUGAACCUUCGAGCCGAGUCUGCUUUCCUAAAGGAGAGAUUUAACCUCAGUUGGGAAUGUGAAACUGGAAUAGUUGAUAACAUUUUGACUGUGGUGGAGGAAUACAAAAGGACAAGGCAACUGCUGCCAAAAAAGAUCUGUCUUCUUGGGCCUCCUGCUGUUGGGAAAAGCUCAAUUGCAGCAAAACUGUGCAAAUACUACAAACUUCAACAUAUUACUGUAAAGGAAGCCAUCAAUGAGAAAAUCAGAGAGCUGGAGGAACUGCUUAAAGAAAAUGAGAAAACUAGUGAGAAUGAGGAAAUGCUCAAUGGUGCUCAAGAACAGCUUGAAACUCUUCAGAACAACAUGCUUCACAAUGACGGCCAAUUAGAUGAGCAACAUGUGAUAAAUAUCAUAAGAGAAAAGCUAAACUCAAUGCCUUGCAGAAAUAAAGGAUUUGUUCUGGAUGGCUACCCAGACACCUAUAAACAAGCUCAAGAUCUUUUCUAUGAUGAAAACAUAGAGGCAGAAGAUACCAGCUUAGCAAUACCCAAUUAUAGUGAGGUGUUGAUUCCAGAGUUCAUCUUUUCACUUGAUGCCACAGAUGAGUUUCUUAAGGAGCGUGUUCGAAAUCUUCCACAGACCGUGGCAGAGGAGAAGCACUACACUGAAGAUGAGUUCACUGAGAGCCUUGCACAAUUCAGAGAGGCUUUUAAAGAAGACGAGUCUGUGCUCGACUAUUUCGAUGAGCUUGAAAUUCACCCUGAACACAUCGUGAUUGACAGUGUUGAUGACUCUGAGAAUGUGCUUGUGGUGGAGAAGAUAAUUAAGGUGGUGGGACGGCCAUUGAACUACAGUCUGACUCCAGAGGAAAAGGAGGAAGAGAGGAAGAGGAAGGAGGAGAUGUCUUAUCAGCAGCUCAAACAGGAACAAGUUGAGAAGGAACUCAGGGAAAUAGAGGACAAUGCCAAAAUGACUGCUCUUUUGGAGGAAUGGAACAGGAACGUCACUGAGGUGAAGAAGCAGGAACGCGAGAUGUUAGAGGCACAAUCUGUUCCCACGAGGCACUACCUCAUGAAAUAUGUCAUGCCCACUGUCACACAAGGACUGGUAGAGUGCUGUAAGGUCAAGCCUGAUGACCCUGUGGAGUUUUUGGCUGAAUAUCUCUUCAGGAAUAACUCGGAGGAUUAGCUUGCUCUGCUUUUGAAAUAAAACCUAAAUAAACUUAUAUGAAGGA